AUGUUUUCCAAGGCGCACACUAUCGCUCUACUCUCAGCGGUCCUGCUUGGAUCUGCCGAAGCCGGCAACAUCCGUCACAAUCACAAUCACAAACGUGCCGACAUCUGCGCCACCAAAGGCUACGAUCGGGGCGAAGGAAAUUAUUUCUACGACAGCGGCGGCAAGUAUAAUUCGUACUCGGCAUGCUCAGCCGCUUGUGCUGGGGACACCAAGUGCAAGAGCUUCGGAUAUAGCAGCUCCGAGUGCAUGCUCUUCAGUAUUCCUCUGGCAGGCAACUUCGACGCGGACAAAGGCAGCUCGGAUGUGUAUUACGACCGUGGCUGUCUCUCUACUGCUGCAAAGCUGAGUACUUCCACAACAACUACUUCCUCGUCGACCACCAAAAAGUCUUCGACUACUCCAGCCCCCGCAACCAGCAGCACAUCAAAGUCGCCGUCGUCAUCGGUCGCCGCUACCACGCCCACUUCAUCCUCCGGGUCCAGCACAGCUGCCGGGGCCAAAAACCCAACUUCCACUAGCGGUGCUUCCACAACGGUUGCCACCAGCACCACUACUGCCUCUUUGAAUAACCCAUACGCCUCACUAGGCUGUCCUCUCCCUACGGCCCUCGCUGUUUCUGGCUUGAAGUCCACUAUCGACUCGAACGGCAACAACGCCGCAUCGGUCAAGGUGGCCUACGGCAACGGGACCUUCAGCUGCCCAGACACCCCGGGGCAUUGCAACACCUAUAACGGCUUGUUCGACUGCAACUGCGACCCAGACGGCCUGCUGCGCGUCAUCUCGGACGGGCGGUCCUGGCUCUGGAUCCAGGAGUGGUACUGGUGUGACGCUCAAGAGCAAAGGCCCACCAAGGCGUUGUCGAGCCUGGCGCUCACGGCAAACUUCACCUCGCUGGCCAACUACCUGACGUGCGACAAGGCCGGCACGUGCACGCAGUCGAAGCCCAUAACGGUCCCCGUGGAUGGUUAUGGCGGUGGCGGCAUCAUUGGCUUCUCGCCCAUCGAUAUCAAUGGGACUUAUCUGCCUAAUUGCCCGUCCCGAAAUGCUCACUCGCCUAUUGUAACCAAUACGGCCACCUGCACGGGCGGUGCAGCGGCGGCGACUCCUUAG